AUAAAAGCGUGGAAAAUAUACGAAAUUACAACAAUUUGUCAUUCGGAAAACCAUUAACGAGACGCCAGAACAGCUUGCCUACCGAAAUGAAGGCAUUUAUUGUGCUCUGCAGUGUAAUUUCAAUAGUUUAUUGCAAAACUUUAGGCACGCACUCCGCCCUACACAGAUCCGGCCAGCGAUGCGUUAACAUGUGGGAUGAAGGCUGCAUCAACGGGCAACUGAACGGUGCUGGCAACGACGAUGACUAUUUGAAUGGUGGUUUCAACCCUGGAAAGCGAUGUGUCAACAUGUGGGACGAAGGGUGUAUCAAUGGACAACUUAAUGGAGCUGGCAAUGACGACGAUUACCUGAAUGGAGGCUUCAACCCCGGCAAGCGAUGUGUGAACAUGUGGGACGAAGGAUGUAUCAAUGGACAGCUGAAUGGAGCUGGUAAUGAUGAUGACUAUUUGAACGGCGGCUUCAACCCCGGCAAGCGAUGUGUCAACAUGUGGGACGAAGGGUGUAUCAAUGGACAACUUAAUGGAGCUGGCAACGACGACGACUACCUGAAUGGCGGUUUUAAUCCUGGCAAAAGAUCUUUGCACAGUCUGCUAGAAAAAUUGAAGAAAUCCGGACACCACGCGUAGAAGUUUCCCGCAACCACUGCUCGCCAGUUUAUUCUUAGUUAUUUUGCUUUUUUAUUAUUUUAUUAGAUUUUUGUUGCUUUCUUUUAUUUCUUAGGGUUAACUCCUCUCAUCGCUUGUAAUAAUUUAUUCAUGCUUCAAUAAACUGUAUAAAAAAAUUA